UUCAAAUAUUUACAUAAUUAUCCCUUUCUUGUUAAUUAUCUCCUUAAUGACUCUACCACACCAUAAAAAGAAUCACAAAAACCCUCAACACUCUUAAUUACCUCUUCUUCUUACAAGUCUACUAAUAUCCCUAACUUUUCAACAAAAAAAAAAACAUGACACAAGAAGAAGAAGUUGUACUUUUAGAUUAUUGGGCUAGUCCUUUUGGAACAAUGGCAAGAAUUGCCCUAGUUGAAAAGGGAGUCAAUUUCAUCCACAAGUUUGAGGAUUUGUCUAAUAAAAGUCCUUUGCUUUUGGAAAUGAACCCGGUUCAUCACAAAAUACCGGUUCUUGUUCACAAGGGUAAAUCUAUUUGUGAAUCAAAUAUCAUUAUUCAAUAUAUUGAUGAGAUUUGGAAAAAUAAUUCUCCCUUAUUGCCCUAUGAACCUUAUCAAAGAGCUAAAGCUAGGUUCUUGGUUGACUUUAUCAAUAAAAAGGUACAUGGGUCAAGUGUAAAGGUAUGGAUGGGGCAAAUUGAAGAGCAAGAAAAUGGCAAGAAAGAACUUGUAGAAUGUUCAAAGUUUUUGGAAGAAGAACUUGGAGAUAAACUUUAUUUUGGAGGAGAUGUAUUUGGAUUUGUAGACAUUGCACUUGUUCCUUUCUACAAUUGGUUCAUUGUCUUCAAGACCUUUGCAAAUUUCAACACAAUUGAAAUACAAUGCCCCAAGUUAGUGAUGUGGGGAGAAAGGUGUUUGAAUAGAGACUCAGUAUCCAAGUCACUUCCUACUUCAAAUCAAGUCUACCAAGCUUAUUUGGAUUUCAAGAAAGGUUGGUGAUCACAUGGUUAAUAAAUAUCGAGAUGGAUUCAGAAUUUUAUAUUUUAAUGAUUGGAUAUCAUAUCACUUAUUUUGAGAUGGGAUCAUAUAAUGAGUUGUGAGAGGGUCUAAUAAUUUAACGUCUACCUUAUUAGUCGAUACAUUUGCAUAUUGAAGUAACGUAAAUGAUAAAUAUGAAUAUUAAUUGAUAAAAAGUGUAUUUAUAUGAAAGAACAUGAGUUCACUAUCUAUGUAUUCAUCUUCCUUGUAAUAAUACUAGUCGAUACGAUUAAAUGUUGAAA